AACGCGGCGCAUUUCUUGUCGGGCGGGAUGCAGAACUACCGAGCGUUGAAGAAGAAGACGUCUGGGUACGGCAACGUCCUCGACGUGGAUCGAGGCCGCCACGAGCCGCGCCGCGCCGGCAGGCAGGAGGCCAACCCGCAGCAGCCGCAGUACCAGGUCGACCCGCUGCAGUACCAGCAGCCGCAAUACCAGCAGCAACCUCCGCAAUACCAGCAGCAACCUCCACAAUACCAGCACCAACCUCCGCAAUACCAGCAGCCGCAAUACCAGCAGCCGCAAUACCAGCAGCCGCAACACCAGCAGCCGCAAUACCAGCAACAGCCACCCCAGUAUGUGCAGCCGCCACAGCACUACCCACAGUCAAGUCACCCCGCACCUCUGCAGUAUCACCUACAGCAGCAGGCACCUCAACACCACCAAGCACCUGUGCAGCGUGCGCCGUCACAUCAGGACCAACGGACGCACCGCCAACCGUCACAAGAUAGCCAGAGGCGACAUCCGUCGUCGUCGGACUCGCGCACGCGCCAGGUGUCUGCGGAACCGGUGCCUCGCAUGCCAUCCCAACCUCGCGCGUCGUCGCGUCAAGCGUCCUCGUCGUCAACGCGACAGCAAUCGUCAUCGUCGACAUCUGGUUCGGUGCUCAGAGCGUCGUCGGCGAAGGCCGAGUACGAUCUCAUUUGGCACCGUGACUCACUGGCCGUCGCGCUGCGUUGUAACUCGAAGCAGCAAGCUGUCAUCAAGCGCGUUGAAGACCAGUCGGACAAAGUGGAGACGACGGCUGGUCUGUCGUCGGCGUCCGUGAAUGAUGUGCUUGUGGCCAUCAACUGGGAGGACUGCACGUCCAUGAGCUGGGACCAAGUAAAAGCACGGCUUAGCGAGCGGGACUUGCCGCUUACGCUUACUUUUCGAUCGCCGUCGAAACCUGAGCCCCCUCUCCGCGUCGAACCUGCGCGAUCGGUGCCGGCCGUCGUCCCAGAGCCCGAGGCUACGGAACCCGAGCCGGAGCGGCCACGGCGUGGCUCCAAGGCGAUGACGAUUCCGACGGCGUUUGCACUGCCACCACUGCUCGCGAACGAGUACAACGUCACGUGGUCCCAAGGCAAACUUGGGGUCGUGAUCCACCUCGAAGAAGGCGGCCGCGCUGUCGUCAAGGAGCGCACAACGCCAAGCUCCGACCCGAGCACAGGUCAAAUCGAACCGCGCGACGAGCUCCUCUACGUCAACGAUGCAUCCGUGGCCUCGAUUGGCUACAACGAAGCGCUCCUCCGCAUGCGCGGGAAGAAACCGAUCCAUCUCCGCUUCCGCCGCGCGAUGGCCUCGGGGACGCUCAUCGACACAAUGGUCGAGGCGGACGGACCUGCCGAGCCGUACCAGCUCGUGUGGAAGACGGGUCCCCUGGGCAUCGUUCUCAAGAAGAACAAGAACGACGAAAUCUUUGUGCAGCAGCUCACCAACAAGGGCCUCUCGGCGACAUCCGGCAAGAUUGCCGUCGGCGACAUCCUCGUGGCUGUCACGGGCGUGCCAACUGCGCCGCUUGGUCUCGCAGGCACGGUCGACUUUCUUCAGUGUAUCCAAAAGCCCGCUGUUCUUGACUUUGAGCACCGCAGGGCGCGCCAGCCGUCGACAGCCAAGGUUGAACCCGACGUUGUAGCACCCGUCCUCGCAGCACCGACGCGAGCUCCCGUUCCGUCGCCGCUGCCAUCCCCGAAGGACUCGUUUGGAGACGAUGCGAGCGACCAGCAGUCCAUUGCGAUGAUGGCGCUGCCAGAUUUCGAGCGGUCGACGGGCACAACCGUGGUGCUUCCCGGUACGCUCGGAGAAACGUUUUUGCAGCCGCCCGUGCUGCUGCAGACGCAGUCGUCGAUUUCAGAGGAAACGCCGGUCCUCGACGCGGAGUACCAAGUCGUCUGGACGCGGGGCAAGCUCGGUGUCGUUAUUCAUUUGGAGGAUGACGUCCAUGCCGUGGUUCGCGAGACCACCGGCACGGCGACGGACCCCAACUUGGCGCAAAUUCAAGCGCGCGACGAGCUCAUCGCUGUCAACGGCGUCCUCGUUGCAGACGUCGGGUACGCGGCGUCGCUCCAGGCGAUGAAGGGUCCAAAGCCGAUCACGCUCCGUUUCUGCAAGGGCGCCCUGGAUGAUGAUGACGACGACGCCGAAGUUGUCAUCGAUGACGAGCCGUCAUCUUCCGGGCCCGUGGUUUACUCGCUCCUCUGGAAGACCGGGCCUCUCGGCAUUGUCCUCAAGCUUAAUGACACGGACGACGUGUAUGUCGCCCAGGUGACGGGCAAGGGCCUCUCGGAAGAGUCGGGCGCGAUCGUAGUGGGCGACGUCCUCGUCUCGGUGACGGGUGUCCCAGCCAAGCCGCUUGGCCUCGCGGGCACUGUGGACUUUCUCAAGUGCAUCCAGAAACCCGCCGCCCUCGUCUUUGAGCGCCGUCCGUCACCGGUCGUUGUGCACCAGCCGGCGCAACUGAACAGUGUCAACAAGGCUGUGCUUCCGAUCCCCGAUACGUCCGUUGCUGGUGCCGACGUCCAAACACCCGUCGUUGCCGACAAAGCGCCUGCAUCUGUCGAAGCCCCCUUCGUCGCCCAGGAAGAGCUACCGACCAUCGUCACAGUGGCGGUGUCACCGCCCACCGAAGCGAUUGAAACGCGUGUGACGGCUGCCAAAAGUAUUGAGGUCCUUCGACGCCCGGUGGUACGCGACCCCGCACCUCCAGCUCUUCUUGUGCCCGAGAGCCCGCUGCUGGCGCCCCGCGUCAGCAUCCAGCCGCCGUCUGUGUGCGUUGCAAUUGACUCGCCCUUGGCAUCGCCGGCUCUCAGUGGAGCCUACGCGCCGCUCUCGGUCAUCAUGACGCCCCAAGCACUCCCGUCGCCCGUCAUGUCGCCCGUCAUGUCGCCCGUCAUGUCGCCCGCGCCCGUGUUCACACCCAUGCAGUCGCCUGAGGUCAUGACCCCGCUCCAGUCGCCGCUCUCGUCGGCGCACUCGCCGAUGCACUCGACGGUACUGACGCCGACAGCCGCAAUGGAAGACAUGCCGGUGGCCGUGCCUCUCGCUGACCACUUGGACGACACGACACGCGAGUUGGCGCCGAGUUUUACGGAUCGCGCGUCCGACGUGUCAGCGAUGACGGACCGUGCAUCUGACGCAAACCCGAUGGUCCUGACCAAUCAGGACGACGCGAUGAGCACACUCUACUCGAUUAUCUGGACAGGCGGUCCGCUUGGCAUUGCGAUCAAGCUCAACCGCCAUGACGAGGUAUGCGUCAUGGCGCUCACCGGGGGUGGCCUCGCGGGCGAGUCGGACAUUAUUAACGUGGGCGACGUCCUCGUCGCCGUUGGCAACAUCACUGUGCGUCAAGCCACGCUCGAGGAGACGUCGCGCGUCCUGAAGGAGACGCCGACGCCCGUGUCGCUUGUUUUUUUGCGCGCGCCCAUCGACCGGCGCUCGCAGGUGUCGAUUGACAUGGUCCCGACGUCGGCGCGCGGCAUCUCGACAUCGGUGGACGACGCCCACGGCAGCCCGAGCUCGUCCGAGGCCAAGGCCGGUGCCAUCUUUUCUGUUGUCUGGGAAGGCGGCCCUCUCGGCAUCGUGGUGCGCAAGAACGCGCAGGACGAGAACUUUGUCAAGGACUUUACUGGCGAUGGGCUUUCGGCGCAGUCGGACUUGAUUCGUCGCGGCGACGUGCUCAUUUCCGUCGCCGACGUUCGUGUCCGGAACCUCUCGCUCGCGGCCGCGUCGCAGGUGAUGCAAUCGGUGCGCAAGCCGACGUUCCUCGUCUUCCGUCGUCAGGCGCUCGCAGACGCCAAUGCCGCCGCCUAGGCGGUGCCUGCUCUUUUCAAGACGCCGAGUUCGUACUACGUACUGUAUUUAUUAUGAACUCAUCGUAAUCCAAGCGCCUCUUUGUGUCGA